AUCGUUGCCUCACCAGGAAUUACCGCAAGCGAAUGGGCACUCACCCAGAUUACCCAAAAGAGUACUUGCAAUAUAGUUUGCUGUAAAAACCGACUGUACUCCUAAGAAUCAGCAGAGCUAAUUGCACCGGCGUUGUGGCCAACCCCUCAAGUUCUCGCAGCUUCGCGCUGAUUGAACAUAUACUGCUUUUUAACACCAAUUACUGUAAGCUCGCUCAUUGAACAGACGUCGGCGACAGCGAAUAGAAGCACGACAGCAUCCGUUUGGUUGCCAUCCACUAGGCCAAGCCCAGACGUCGCCCUACAUGACUUCAUCCUUAGCAGCCCGUGUCCAUCCCAAACUUUGCCCAAGCCGGCUACAACAGCGAGCCUUGCCAAGGUGCUUACGGCUCAACGCCUCGCGUGGAGGCCGUCGGAAGGGUGAUUAUGUCGACCGGGAUGACGUUCGGCGCGGCAGCAGCAGUGGCAGCAGCAAUAGACGCAGGGCAGAUUCUGGAUCAAGCGGGUUCCAGUUUUCUAGACGCGGAGGCAUGUAUCGCCUGCAGUACAACGAAUAUGAAACGGAGAUUCGCGAGGAUGAGGCUUGGAAGGUUGCGCUACCGCUGCUUGGGGGGCUGGUGCUGGCAGCUAGCGUCAUAGGUCCGCUGGUGGUGGGUCUAGCCUUCACCGCCGUGGCGCUGGGAGCUGCGCUCUCAGCCGGCGCGAUCUUCACCUCCCUCUUCCUGCCGUUCUUCCUGUUGGUGGGCGCGGGGGCGCUGCUGUUUGGGGGCCUUACGUUCUCAGCGUUUGCGGCGCUGGGGACUGCGCUGCUGCUGCCCAAACUGAUGAGCAUGGCGGUGGCAGCGGCCGGCCUGGGUGCGGGAGCCAUGGCCGUGUCGCUGUUUCUCAAACCUGCUGCAAACAAGGCUAGGAAGCAGCACGGUAGCGUGCGAGGGGUGUACGGCAGGGGUGAGGCUGACGAGGAGGAGGACGGCGAGGUGGUGGUGGCGGCGGAGGUGGAGGCGGCGGCGGAGGAGGAGGCACGGGGAGCUGCGGUUGAUCCGGAUGUUGACAGGCAGCUGCGGGAGUUUGAUGCGCUACUGGCGGAGCGGGAGAGGCAGCGGCGGCGGCGGUAGGGGGCCCGCGGCCAUUGCAGCCGCACCAGGAACAAGGAGGAUUGGCACGGAAAAAGGGAAGCGGAGGGCGGAGCGAGAGCGAUGAGGUCCCAACGUCGUUUAUGGAAUGUGGCUAGAAUGGAAAGCGGUGCGGAGGUGUUCCAAUUUGAAAGCUGGGAGCGAUCGUGAGAAGCAGUUGAUGGUUGGGCAUUACGGUAUAGCGCAUGCAAACGGCAUAGCGUGCUGGAUGCAAGGAUAGAGCCCUAGUUACAUACCUGUGUAAACAUCUUUGAAUGUGAGGAAGGGGCUAGAGAAUUUAGAUGUAAGAGGGGGCCUGAGAGGCCUGCUGUCUUUUCAUGUGCAUGCACGGCUUGCAUGUCAUAGCUCAUAAGAGGGGUGUAUGCGGUUAAGCAGGGAAGGGAAGAGUCAAGAGUGAGAUGGCACGAGAAGAGGGCUGCGAGGUGAGAGAGCAGCAGCGGCUGCUACCGGGGUCCAAGCCGGGGGGGUAGGCUGCUUGUUGUGCGGUACGGAGUUAACGGAAAACUGACGGGGGGUGGCUGCACGCGAGAUGGGAGCCGGUGUGUUGCAGCGCAGCAGAUAUAUUACGGCGCAGCCCGGACGGGGACGGGAUGGGUAGCAUAACUUCUGCUGCUGUUCCGGCGACUGGCAAGAUGCUGACAAGGGGCUUGUGCGACUGGUCGCAGACGAGUGAGCUGGGCUGGGUGACAAGGGUGUCGGGCAAGUGGGCAGCUCUGCUGUCAGUCCGGACGCGUGCCGAUUGAGGAAGGAUGUGCGCGGUUGGGCCUGUUACCGCAACCCCGAAGCGGCCCUAACCGGUUGCUCAACCGACAGCCAAUAACGUUGGGGCAUCCUGACUACUAAGGCGAAGUGCGACAUACAACAGGGUUACUGCGCGCUAGCGGUAAAGCUGCUGGUAGCGAUGGA